ACUUGCACCAAAAUAAUGCCAUCCCAGACUUGCGUGAUUGCAUCUUGUCCAUGCAAAUUACUUCAUAUUCAUAUAAAGAGAACAGUCUUAUCAUUAAUUAAGCCGCAGAUAUCCAAUAAGUGAAGGUAACUAGCUAGCUAUGGAGACAGGAAUAAUGGAGGAGAUGUUGUUGAGUCGUUCAUCUUCAUCAUCAUCAAUACAUUCUUUUCCAUCAUCAUCAUCAUCAUAUUCUGCUUCUUCUUCUUCUUCUGCUGCUGCUGCAGCUGAGGAAGCAAACCAGGCCGCACAACAACUGCCCUUGUUGUCGUUGAACCAUGUCUCAUUUGUUUGCAAAUCUGUCAGCAGAUCGGUGAGGUUCUAUGAGGAAGUACUAGGAUUUGUGCUCAUUAAAAGGCCUUCUUCUUUCGACUUUGAAGGAGCUUGGUUAUUCAACCACGGAAUUGGAAUCCACUUGCUUGAAGUAACGGAUGUCCCAAGCAAGAAAGGCAAGAUUAAUCCAAAAGACAAUCACAUUUCUUUCCAGUGCACCAAUAUGGAGGUCAUAAUGCAAAAGUUGGAGGACAUGAACAUAGAAUAUGUCACAGCAGUGGUUAAGGAAGGUGGUAUAACAGUGGAUCAGCUCUUCUUCCAUGAUCCUGAUGGCUACAUGAUUGAAAUUUGCAAUUGCCAAAAUCUCCCGGUCCUUCCACUUUCUUCCUGCCCACUUAAGAAGCUACCAAGACCAACCAGCAACAACCAAUUAAAGUCAUCCUUCUACGGAAAGUCAACCCCAAGCGUACAAUACUGUUGUGGAGAAGUAGAAGCUAUAAUGAUGGAGAACUUAGCCGUGGACAUGAUGAAUAUUUCCUUCUGAGAUUGGGAGCCUCUUUGAUUUCCUCAAGAAAAACAAAAAUAUUAAAUUUUACACGAUUGCAGCUUUUUAUGAAAUAAUUGUAGUCUAUAUCUAAAAGAUGUAUGCAAGAGUACGUAAGAGCAAUUAUUAAUACGAGGAUCAUAGUUCAAGGCUGGCUCUUUUCAGUCCUUAAGAAAGGUCCUUUGUUUACGAGUAUGACUCUGUGUGAUUUGUUCUCCACUUUACCUUGUAAGUUUUUUGGCGUGUAAGUUUGUUCUCCACUUUUACCUUUGUUUAUUUAUGAGCUUGUUUGGGCAGUGAAUUAUUUGUCAUGAGAGUUUUUUUA